AUGUGGCCAAAUGACACCAAGCCAUUACACGAUUCUAUCAUUCUCAUGGUUGGACGUGGAGGAGCUGAAAAUGAAGAUACUGACAAUGAUCGCUAUUCCAUAAGCGUAGGGGCAUUUACGCAAGUACUAAAUUCAUCCCAAGCAUCGUCACCCGACUUGGAAAGCAGAUUCGAGCUUGCGUUUGAAGGCGCACCUUAUACAAGUCUUCCAUUAUGUCUGCGAUGCGAAAUCCUUCACUAG